GCUGCGCUGCCCCGGGGGAGCCGCUCCCGCCGCCGCCGCCGCCCGGGGCCAUGGCGGCGCUGGUGCUGCUGCUGCUGGCGGCGCUGGGCGGGCGGGCCCUGCUGCCGGGCGGGCGCUGCGCGGCGCCGCUGGCCGACCUGCGCUCGCAGAUCUCGGGCGUGGAGACUCUGCUGGAGGAGUUCCGCCGGCAGCUGCAGCAGGAGGAGCCGGGACCGCCGGCGACGGCGGGCGGCGGAGGGGGCGGCGGGGAGCGGUGCGGCGGGAGCGGCGGCUUCUCCGCCAGGCCCGACUCCAUCAUCCGCACCAAGGACUCCAUCGCGGCCGGCGCCACCUUCCUGCGGGCGCCCGGCGCCGUGUCGGGCUGGCGGCAGUGCCUGGACGCCUGCUGCGCCGAGCCGCGCUGCACGCUGGCCGUGGUGCAGGAGCCCGCCCGCCCGCGGGGCACGGCGGCCGAGCCGGGCUGCUACCUCUUCAACUGCACGCACCGCGGCCGCGCCGUCUGCCGCUUCGCCCCGCACCGCGGCUACAGCUCCUACAGCCGCCGCACCACCGAAGAAGACUAUGAUGAGCCUCCACAGUGUAAGGCAGGCCAAGACAUUGUGCUGCAGUCACCUGUGGACUGGGUGCUCUUGGAUGGCCGAGAAAGUGCCGAUGACCAUGGAAUUGUGCACUAUGAGUGGACACUGCUGCAGGGUGACUCAUCUGUUGAAAUGCAGGUACCACAGCCAGGAACACUGAAACUGUCCCACAUUCAGGAAGGCGGGUACAUUUUCCAGCUAACAGUGACAGACACUGCAGGUCAGCGGAGCUCUGACAACGUCUCUGUGACCAUCCUGCCCAUGGUUCAUUCUGCAGCAGCCUGUGUUGGGGUUUGCUCUCGCUACCAGUUUAUCUGUGAUGAUGGCUGCUGCAUUGACAUCACAUUUGCGUGUGACGGUGUGAGACAGUGUCCUGAUGGAUCAGACGAGACUUUCUGCCAGAACCUCAGCUCAGGUCGGAAGACGGUGACACAUGCAGCGCCUGGUACUGCCCAGCAAAAGACUGUAGGACUGACUGAAAACACAGAGGAAAACUCUGCAGAGAAUACCCUGAAAGCCACUGCCAGAAAUCAGCCACUUCUCUCAGUGGAUGCAGACAUGUCUAACCAAUCGCUUUCUCAGGGACCAAAGAAACAAAUCAGUGGAUUUGUGCCAGAUAACAGUUCCUCAGGGAAAAGAACAGAUGAAAAAAAUGGGGAUGGCAUAAUGAUGCCAAAGAGAGAUCAGCUUGGAGGUGGUCACCCAGUCCCAGAAACAGGUGCUGUGUUACCCUUAGCCUUAGGCUUGGCAAUCACUGCUUUGCUGCUGCUUAUGGUUGCUUGCAGACUGCGCUUAGUGAAGCAGAAGCUCAAAAAAGCUCGACCCAUUACAUCUGAAGAGUCCGAUUACCUCAUCAAUGGGAUGUAUCUCUAAAAACUGGAUUUGGGUCAGUUGUUUUCUCCCCUUUCUUUUGCGUCCAUGAAUCUCUGCCUCUAUAAAAGGACCAAAAUUCUUAGUUUAUUUUCAAGUGUAGAAGAAGCCUGUGAGAUGAAGAACAUACUCUUCCCCUUCAUUGGUAAUAUAAAAAGUGGGUAGAUGUCCUUGCUCAGAAAAUAGGAAACAUUCAGGUUCAGAGAGUAGCUCCAGUGCAGAAGACACUACAAGGUGGGGAGACUCCAAACUGGAUGUGGGGUGUCCUUGCUCUCCCCACAGCAGCUGGGGUCUUAGGCAGGGCUGAGUGCACCCCAGGGCCCAGGCACUGGAGCAGCCAAGGUUCCACAGCCCAGCUGUGCUGGCCAAGGUGUGGGGGGCAGCCUGUGCCACCUUGCUCUUCUCAGUCCAGCAGAGACCAGUCGUGUGCUUUCCACCUGAUGCACUGGGAGUAUUUUCAUUAAAGAAUGUGUCUUGCUUUGUUAAUUAAAAGCACCUCCUUUUGCAAAGAAAAUUGGGAUUUCAGGAAGAAAGCCUCUUAUUUUCACUCAGUUUAAACCUCUGUGCUGCUACCAGACAGCUAUGCUUAUUAAAUGCUGAAAUGAAAAAAUGCAGCUUCUCAGCAGAUGAGUUUGAACUUCCCAGUUCUCAGCAGCAGUUGUGUACUGCUGCCUAAAGAAGCUGUGGAUGCACCAUUGCUGGCAGUGUUCAAGCCCAGGCUGCACGGGGGCUGGAGCUAAAUGAUCUUUAAAGUCCUUUCCAACCCAGACCUGUCUCUGAUUCCAUGUACAAUCUCAGAGCCAUGUCUCUCCCCGGAGCUCAGGGCUUGUUCAGCCUUUCCCACAUCCAGCCCACCACCCUCCUGCAGCAUGAGAAUGCAGCACACAGCAGUUUUUAUCCGAGAUGCCGGAGUGUAGGAUUCCUGCUGGUUAUCCCAUAGCUCCCUGCAAAGCUUGAAAGCUUCGGUGAUCUGCCCUCACCCCAGAAAAAUUCUCAUAGAGUUAGAGCAAGUAAUUGAUAUGUGUGAGUGAACUGCAGAUGUGUUACCAGUAAAAUGUGUACAGUACAUGUUAUAUAUACAUAUAUAUAUACACACACACUGUGCUGUCUGUCUUGUUUGGCUGUCCAAGGAUGUCACAUUCCUCAUGGGUCUCAAUAAAACCAGAGUCAAAUGAGGCAUGCAUUGUUUUGUAUGUCGUCUUUUGUACUUCAGUAACUUUGGGUCAGCAAGAAUAUUGCCAUGGUAUACAAAUAGUUCUUCAAGUAAUUUGUUCUUGAUUUCUUUAUGUAAAUUAGCUCUAAUAAACCGAUUCUAUUCUUAUAUUUA